UUUGAAGGUUCAGAAGUUUCACUUAAUCGUCGCGUGGGUAUAUUCAUUACAAUGAAUCCUGGUUAUGCUGGUAGAACAGAAUUACCGGAAUCGUUGAAAGCUCUGUUUCGACCAGUUGUUGUAAUUGUACCAGAUUUAGAAUAUAUCUGUGAAAUUAUGCUGUUUUCACAAGGAUUUUUAACAGCUAGA